AUGGUUUUGACGGAACCGAAUGAUUUCGAACAAAGAGCUCGUUGGCGUAAUGCGUACGGUGCACAGCGCAUGAAGCAAGAGUUUGGUUACUGUGUCAUUUUCCCUAUUGGCCUGCUUCGAAAUACCAGUGAAAGCAAGCGUUUGGAGGGAGAAAAAGAUUUGUAUGGUGAUAUUCUACAAGGCGAUUAUGUAGACUCGUACAGAAAUCUUUCGCUGAAGUCCCUUUCGGCAUUGCGCUACAUAGCCAUCGCUUAUCCAAAGGUAAAAGCGAUCCUUAAAAUGGACGAUGAUAUAGCUUGGAAUGUUCCCAAAGUGGCAAACUAUAUUAAUUACAUACUGCCUAGAUCAAUUUCAUGCCACAAAUAUGAAUCAGGUCCACCUAUACGUGAUAAAACAAGCAGAUGGUUUACCGCUUAUAAUGAAUAUCCCGAAGGAAAGUUCCCUCAAUACUGUAAUGGGGCAGCUUACAUACUGCACGGCACCGCACUUCAACCAAUGUUUAGAAAAGUUACGAAAUUGAGAUUUUUCUGGGUAGACGACGUUUUCAUUACCGGUCUCUUGACACGCGAUGCUGACAUCCACUUUAUUAAGUUUAAUCAGUACAUAAAACUGAAAAAGCUUCAUAAACCACCUAGUACAAUAUUCUACGACGACAUGAUGUUCUAUGGGACAAAUAAGGAAAGCAUUGGGUUCAAAUUUGUAAAGCGAGUAAGGUAA